AUGUUCCCCGAAAGUAGCGACAUCGGGAAUGUUAUGGGUAAUGUUGCACGGAAAGUUGGAGUCGCGGAAGCUGUACUGCGACUGAUGGUCGGCUUAUUGACUGGUAAGUUCUGUUCCUCGUUCAAGCAACGGCUUAUUGAAGUCCAGAGCAAGUCCAGUGAUCCUUGACGGUAAAAUUUCUCAACCGAAACCGCAUCUCAAGGGUGUGGAAAUUCUAAUAAUUAAUCGCCGGUAUAAAACAUUAAACCGUAAGAUAAUUAUUAAAAUGUUUAUUGAUAUUGUAGUCUAACUGGGUUAUACACUCACUACGCACAAAGUUAAUUUACCCAGUUACAACAGAUGCGAGUCAUAAGGUUACAUCUAGGUUUCAUAUCGUAGCAAAUCUGAACCGAGAUACAAGGCAAAAAUAAUGAUCAAGCAGGCAGAGAGUGAUAUUAGAACUUUGUACUUCAUACGAGGGUUCUAUUGUUCCCGGUAGGUUCGAAAGUCCCAGACCUGUUGAGGAUGAGCUCAAAAUGGGAACUGAUUUUUUCUAUGCAAUUUUCGUUUCUCGCGUUCAAUACAUUCUAGCGAUUGUAUUUUCUUGCCAUUGUUCUAGGAUUGCCUUUGGCCUUUGUUUACAGAUCUUUUUGUUACAAGAGGAAUGCGACAAUCCAGGUGAUUUAACAUAUUUGACCAAUAUUUCGCUGUUACCUUGUUUCUAAAAUCACGGAGGUUUUUAAGCGUUAAUAACAAUGUUUUUUCUCUUGCAGCACAUUUUUAUUACCAUCUGUGGCGUGUGGUUGGCUUUCUUUUGUUUUGGUAAGUUCGUGGAAUUUAUGUAAGAGUACAGGACGACAACAUUAGAUUAUUUGCCAAAAAAGGUGACAAGUAAAAUGUAUGAAUAUCUAUACAUAAUUUACUUGUCACGAUUAACUGUAGCGUUACAUGGGAUUGGAGAAUGCUGGAGCUCUCCUCAACCUGUGUGUUUCCUAGAAAUCAAGGAAUCAGACUACAUCAAUGGUGGAUUAAGUGCCUUUUGAGUAAUAUGAAAUAGUGAUUUGAACGAUGUAUCAAUUUAUACUGAAAGCUUUUUAAACUAGGAGGUCCUAGGAAAACUCAAGUCAACUUUAAUGAGGCAGGGUAACCCUAUCAGCCAUUGGCUGGUAUCAAAAGAGGCCCUCAAGACGUAAAGUUUUCUAUCUUCUCUGAAUGGCAAAAACAAAAGGUGUUGUACAUGGCGUUCAUAAGCCAUCUCCCUCAUUGCAAAAAGAACACAACCGAAACUUUUAUUGAAAUGCUGCCAGAAUGCUCAUUAUUCUUCAGAUGAAACUGAAUUAAUAAAACUGAAAAAGAGGUUCUGAAAAUGCCAAGUAUUUUGGUCUUUCGGAUUAUGCUAAACGGAAAAAAAUAGGGGUGGCCUUAGGUAAGAGCAAAAAAAGUCCUCCUAAGCUACGUUGUUUCCACGAAAUAAUGGAUUUUGUGUUCUAAUAUGCGAAGUGCCCAUUCUGUUCUUUUUAUUUUCAUUUUCCAAACGAACGGUCGGUCGGGCGAUGUAUUGAUUACUAUUGCAUUGACUAAUAUUUUUAUAAUAAUUUAGUAUCAGCUUUGGAAUAUCUUUUCCUAGUUUAAUACCCUCCAACUCUUCGUCACUUUUCGCAGCUUGGAUACCAUGGUUUAAAACAGUCGUCGCGCCGCAUUGUCGCAGCUUCUCAUGAUUGACCCAUAAUCGUGUUGAUUAAAAAAAUAAAGGAAUAAAUAAAAGCUUGCCAGAAUCUGUAUUCCCUGUCUUAGCAUUUGCAAACUCAAAAUACCACCUCUGUGGAUUAAAUGCGUUCCGCCUUGUUUGCCCUACUCCAUGUGAUUUAGAAAAAAGAAAAGAAAUACACCGUAUUCACAAAUGGCGGACACGCGGGAAAAAACUGGUGCCUAGUCAUGAAAGCGAGGCGUUGGAGAGUAAACAAAAAUUGCAAAUGAAGACUUUCAGUGAACUUGCAGAGUGUUUAGCACGGAUUCCACCUAAAAUAACUUUGUACGGAGAUCUUUUUUAAAUACAAUUACGUGGGAUGUCUUCUGCUUUUAAUAUUUAGUAUUGAUUUGCUGUUUGCAAUCAAAAGGGACGCGUAUAUCUUCAAGGAAACAGGAUGAUUUUGUAGGUUUCCGAAGCAUCAGAAGCUCGACAAGUCGGCGAUGGCUGGAGAAAAGCGGCAAACAUGUUGGCCUAAACUUCACAUUGAAACCGAGUUCGAAAGCCAGCUCACUGCAAUUCGGUAAAACAAAAAUAUAAACAAUGCAAAUCUUGGUGGCAAGAAAAAAAGAAAUAAGCGAUGGAUAUAUGGCCUACUUGUUAACGCAAGAGACGUGUGCCAUUGAACAAAACAGUUCAAAUCGAGAUGGAAAAAAGGAAGACAGGAAAGAAGCGGUGACUGAGGUUUCGAUGAAGUUAUGUUUGGUUUUUGUUUGCCAGGACGUUAUUCUCUGGUUUUUAUCGAUGACGGACAUCAAUUAGAACUAUCUUUUUGGUAUAAAUGCAAGGAGCGAUCGAGUGGAGUACUCGGUAAGCCGGCCACAUUUCAUUUCAGCGAGUAAUUUUCCUAUUUCUUAUCUUUGGCUGUUAAGAGUUUUAACUUCAUGUUCCAUGAUAUUUUAAAAGUGAAGAAUACAUAAAUAAAUAAAAUGAUGGUCUUCUUAAACGGAUCUAGACUCGCAGUUAAUGAUUCGAAACAGAAGCUUGCCGUGUUCAGUCCUGACACAAACAUUGCCUUAAAAGUUUAACCUAGUAAAAUGUGAACUUUAUACCACUUUUUUACCAAGAGCUCUCCGAGAUAAUGCCGUAAAGGAGACCAGGCAAAUAGCAAGUCAUAAGAUUCACAUACUAGAGCUUCUAGUUUUGAUAAAAUUAUUUUAUUUCGCAAUGACAAAGAAAUCAAAAGAUUUUAAAUUUGCACUGAAUUUGCUAAGCUCUGCCAACGUACCUCUAACAAUUCACUCCAAAGCGACGGAAUUACUAUCAUCCAAAGGAAGUUCUAAAUACAGACAUACAUAGAUAUGUGUAAAAUGACACUGACAUGAAUGAAUGAGUCUCGUGAAUGAAUCUUUCUCCCGCUCUCGACUUGACCUGUUUUGAGUAAUGGCGGAGGUCUCUUCCGUUGACAAGUAGGCCAUAUAUCCGUCGCGUAUUUCUUUUUUUCUUGCCACCAAUAUCUGUUUUUACUUUUGUUUUACAGAAUUGCAGUGAGCUGGCUUUCGUAUUCGGUUUCAGCGUGAAGUUUGGGCCAACAUGUUUGCCGCUUUUCUCCAGCCAUCACCCACUUGUCGAGCUUCUGAGGCUUCGGCAACCUACAAAAUCAUCCUGUUUCCCUGAAGAUAUACGCGUCCCUUUUGAUUGCAAACAGCAAAUCAGUACUAAACAUUAAAAGCAGAAGACGUCCCAGGUCAUUGUAUUUAAAAAGACGUCCAUACAAAGUUAUUUUAGGUGGAAUCCGUGCUAAACACUCUGCAAGUUCACUGAAAGUCUUCAUUUGCAAUUUUUGUUUACCCUCCAACGCCUCGCUUUCAUGACUAGGCACCAGUUUUUUCCCGCGUGUCCGCCAUUUGUGAAUACGGUGUAUAGUUAAAGAAAACCUGGUACAUGAGAAAUGUUCUACAGAAAUGCCAGUCGGCACUGUUUUUGAAUUCAAACAAGAGAUAAUUCAAGUUGACUUCUGCUAAACUGUCAAAAGAGAAUAAUUUAAUUAAAUAUACAGAGGAGCAUGUGAUUAUACAGACGGUCUGUUCCCGCAUUCGAGGUCCUCUUUCCUUACCCUAGGUGCCAGAGGCUUUUGAUGCGCAGUUUCCGGUUUCGUCGACACGUCUUCGGCCUUCGGUCUUCGGCCGACGAGCUCAUCGUCGUAGGCAAGAAAAAACUCUGCGGCGACGACUCCGAAAACGUCACUGAAAAAGUGAAGUCGCGCGGUCUCAAACUUAAUCGCGCUUAUUCCAUCUCGUUUGAUUCGUCAAUGGUGGGCAAAUUUUUUUGGAGUUCAAUUCUAAAGGACUGUAUCAAAGGGCCGGAAAAGAUAAGGAAACUUGUUCUCUUGUGUUCCCGUCCUCGACAAAUCGUGAAAUUAGGCACUUACAUGUUUGUAGUCGUGCAACGACGGCUAAGAAAUGUUCAAAAACGCGUGGUGCACGUGCAAAGUUGUUAUUUGCCAAAAAAACUUAUUGCUUUUUUGCUGUUCUCGUUGCCGUCGCCGUCGCCGUUGUCGAUGCUUAAGGUCCCUAUUUUGCCGUAGGGAGGCUGGGAGGAGGGUAAAAAGAUGUGAAAGGCAACCAGAGGAAGGGAGGCCUCUGUCGUGUGACCUGCUCUUGUCUUCCGCUUUUUGCCUCUUCCCAUCGUCCACCGCGCACUUGCUAUUUUUUGAUGCUGUUUUUUAUACCCAGCGGAGGAGAGAGGCUGACUCGUUCCCAGUCGUCUUUUAUUAUUUGUGAGCGGCCAAGGAACGGUCGCGGAAGUCUAUUACGGCAUCUGGUGCAAAGGGGAGGAUGGAUCGCGCUUCCCUUGACCGCGCUUCUCUCGUUAUAAAUACUAACAGGAGACUGAGAGACGACUGGAAAGUGGGGACGAGUCAGGGAGGGAGGUCUAGCUCGAGAGGCGACAUAUGAUCGUGAGGUCCCCGUCUAGGGGUGGGUGAGCGGUGAAGGGAGGGAUUUUUUUAUCCUUUUUUCCCUAACCUCGUUUUAUAAGCUCGUCUUUUGCGCUUCGCGGUGCACGGAAUACCAAAGGAAAUGUUCAAUUUCGGAGCGCCAGGCCAAAGACCAUCAGUUACUUGAGUCUCUGUUUAGCCCCGAGUUUAGCCUGAAUUUCAGCCGUCUCCUCGAGUCGCAUUCUCGUCUUUCUGGGGAGUAUGCGACUCGAGGAGACGGCUGAAAUUCAGGCUACUUCGAGUUCUGCUUUCCAAGCCAGUUUCCCUUUCAAGGUGACAGACGUUUAUCGCUUUAGACAAGAGAUAUUUAACUGGGGUAACGUACGAUUCUUUUUGCUACAGGUUGGUCUUGCCUUCACUCGUUGGUGAACAUUAUUUUGGCGUACUUAUUGCUUCAACUUGGUGGUCCACAAGCCUUGACUGUCAUUCUGAUGUUUGUGUUGAAUGUGGUAAGUACAGUAUUAAACUCCGCAACAAGAAGAACGCCAAUAACACGACUAAAUUCAAUGAACUAAAUCAAAACUAAAACAACUAAAUCGAUUAAAUUCAACGAAUCACGCAAAAAUACCGUAAGACGCUGGCCGGCUAAAUGUACGGCUAGCCCUCUGCAUCCGCUCAUCGGCAAUUCUCAGGUCCAUCCACUGGUAAACAAAAAAAUCAUUCCUGUGAUAAGUCCCUAGAACCCCCCGCUUGUAACUAAUUAGCUGCCAGGUUAUGUGUACAUGUAAACAACGUACAUAUCUUGUUUCGUAUUUUCCCGUUUACAUUUACUGCAGAACUAAGGUUUUGAGUUUUUCUAGUAGAUCAGCGAAUUAAAGUACAUUCAUUAGCACCUUGUUUUGCAACACGCUUCUGUUCAACUGUAGUUUGUAAUAGCGUGGUUAUAUUCCUUUUUCGCCUUAGUUUCGUCUUGAAGUUACUACAUAAUGUACAGGUUGGCUCAAAUAAUCGCAGGGACCUUUUAUUCAUGAAUAAGGCCAUUUUCCCCUUUUUUACCUGUAGCGUCUAACGCGUUACUUUGCUGAUUUUGGAUCGGUCGGUCGGUCGGAUGAAAAAAAAGUAAAUGAAGAAGAAAGAAAUGAAGAAGUCUGGGAAUAGGUCACAAAAUAUUAAUUAAUAUGGGGGAAAAUGUGAUGAUCUAUGUCAUAGUAUAAGAAACAUGGCAAAAAGGACACGCCACCAAAACGUCUAUGUUCAAUGCUCAUUUUUCAAAUUAAAAGAAUAAAAGAGAGUGAAAGAGGUCUAACUACGUCGUUACUUUUACUAUCAUUUUUUGAAAAAGCCAAAAAUUUAGGUUGAUCGGACGACGCUUAAUGGAGAAAAAUGGCCGAACCGGCGUAUAGAACUAGAAAAAUAUAGAAUUAAAAGAAGAAAACCUGUUUCUCCUUAGGGUUAUCUGAUCACUGGAUAUGCAUUCAAGUCAUAUUCACAAGAUUAUUCAGUUUCCUGGACAACAGCUCACUGUGUACUUUGCCUGCGCCUCACUGGUAAGAUAUAAAGAACCUUUCAGUUUUAGGAACUAGCCGGGGUUUUUGCCUGGGUAGCAUUUUCUUCCAUCCCGUAUUAAUAGAGGCCUUUAGAUUCUAAGACGAGAACGACUAUGAGAACGAGAUUUUCGCGCGUGAACCAGCAUCAUUUUGGCGAGAAAAACGUGAUAGUGGUUGUCUUUCUACUACAAGUCUUAGCGGGAAUAGAGCUUUAGAUUUGAGGACUAGAACGGGUAUGUGUACGAGAUUUUGCGCGUGUUCUAAAAAAAAAAGACACCCUGGAAAGCUUCAUUUAUUUAUACUGAAGGACCCGAUAGCGAAAUCAAACAACUUUUUACAUUUGAUAACUUUUUCCUGCCACCACGACAUUCUCGCUAAACCUGGUGGUAGAGUGACAACGGCUAUCACAUUUUCCCGCCAAAAUGACCCUGGUUCACGCGUGCGCAAUACGCAGUAGAAUCUAAAGCUCUCUAAUGUCGUAGUUGCGGAACUCGAGUUAUCAAAUGUUAGAAGUUUUAUUAUUUUGCGAUCGGGAGAGGGCUUAACCUCCUUUAAUAAACAGGGGCGGAUCUAGGGGGAGGGUGCAGGGGGUGCGCAGCCCCCCUGAGAUGACCUGCGGUUUUCUAAUACAACUGGUAUUCUGCCAAAAAAAAAAAAAACUAUGUGGUUUAUUGGUGUUGAAGUAGAGCAAGAGACGAGUGCACCCCCUCCUAAAAAAUAUCCUAGAUCCGCCCUUGAUAAAGAUAACAGUGCUAACGUUUCUGGUGGAUCAAAAGUACGAUGAAGCUUUGCGGGGUAUCUAUUUUCUCUUCCUCGAAUCUGAAGCUCUCUAAUAAUGCGCGAGACGCGAAAAAGCAUGCCCACGCUUUCUUGUGCGUCUCGCGUUUUUAGAAGGAAGUGACCGCUACAAGGACCAGCAGGUGAUUGUGGCUGUAGUUUGCCCAGGGAUCGACGGUGAAUGCUCUGAAUCUGAUGUACCUAAACUUUGAACAGUAACUGAUAUUUGAUGAAUGUAGAAGCACAUAUGAUACAGUCCAUGAGGCUGUCAGUCUGUGAGUCCCCAUUCCUGGUAUAUUUAUUGUUGAAAUGCACUUUAAGACUAACUGAAGCCGCGGUUUGCAAAAUAAUAACAGAUCUCUGGCUCCUUCAAUCUAAUUAGUGGGUUACUUUAUGAAGAUAUGUUUCCCUAUAUUUUAGUAUACACUAUAUGCUUUAAUGUUACUGUUCACGUUAAAUGGUGUUUAGUGUUGGGCAAACUGCAAAUGACGCGGUUUUGUUAAACACCUACUAAAUGUCGUUAAAAUAACCGCCCCUUAAUGCUCUAUUAAAAGUGUAUUAUGUCAAAAUAUGGCCUUGGCAUAUUGCGAAAACAAUGUUUAUUAUUGUAUGAUUAUUGAAUAUUAAGAAGCGGUAAUGCAUCUACCUACAGCUGUAUCGUUAAGUAAUGCAAAUUAACCAUAAUCGGAAGGAGUAAAAUUAAGGCCAACGUACACGAGAUUUUUAAACUGGAUUUUCAAAAUUUACUUAAACGAUUCUCAUUACUAUAUAUAUCUGUGUGUUAUCUGUAAUCUUAAUCUCAAUUCAAGCUCAAAUCCUGUUUGAUUUGGUUAUUAAACGGAACUUUCGUAAUGUGCUUAAACGGUUUUCUCAAUUAUUUAGUACAUAUCUGUGUGUUAUCUGUCAUCUUAGUACUCUCAAUUAUUCAACUUCAUAUCUCGUCUAAGGCCUCGAUAUUGUUUUCAUUUUAUUAAACUGAAUUUUCGCAAUUUGCGUCAACGAUUGUUCAUUAGUACAUAUCUGUAUGUUAUCUCUGAGUUUUAAGCGCUGUUAAUUCAAGUUCAUAUUUUGUCUGAGACCGCGAUAUUGUUUUCAUUUUAUUUUUAAACGAUUGCUCAUUAGUACGUAUCUGUAUGUUAUCUGUGUAAUUUUAAGUGCUCUCAAUUCAAGUUCAUGUCUUGUCUGAGACCGCGAUAUUGUUUUCAUUUUAUUAAAAUGAAUUUUCGCAAUUUGCUUACUAUAACGAUGUCUCAUUUGCGCAUAUCUGUAGAUAAUCUCUGUGAUUUUAAGUACUCUCAAUUCAAGUUCAUAUCUUGUCCGACACCUCGAUAUUGUUUUCAUUUUAUUAAACUGAAUUUUCUCGAUUUACUUAUAAACGAUUUCUCAUCUGUACAUAUCUUCAUGAUAUCUGUAAUUUUAAGUACUCUCAAUUCAAGUUCAUGUCUUGUCUGAGGCCUCGAUAUUGUUUUCGUUUAUUAAACUGAAUUUUCGCAAUUUGCGUAAACGAUUUCUCAUUAGUACGUAUCUGUAUGUUAUUUCUGUGCUUUUAAGUACUCUCAAUUCAAGUUCAUAUUUUGUCUGAGGGUUCGAUAUUGUUUUCAUUUUAUUUAACUGAAUUUUCGCAAUUUGCUUAUACGAUUUCUCAUUAGUACAUAUCUGUAUGUUAUCUCUGUGCUUUUAAGUACUCUCAAUUCAAGUUCAUAUCUUGUUUGAGGCCUCGAUAUUGUUUCCUGGCAGUGAGUAAUAAGCCAUGAGCAUAACAUUAGGGGAAAAUAAACGUUUUCAAACAAACGUGAUAAUUGCACGAAAGGGCACCCCAGGGUAAUAAAAAAUUGUUUGAUGUCCUUCUUCAGUCCCUUAAAAACAUGGUAUGCUUUGUCGUCCAUACAAACGUCGUUCUCUCUGAUACAAAAAUUACAUUUACAAGAGAAAACCAGUUUGUUCCGGAAAGGAUAUCUUAAAACAUAUAUAGUACAAAGUUAAGCAAGAUAUGUCCACCUAUAGGGAUGAGAUCAUGCAUCCAACCGACCUGUCUUAUUUCUAUUACUUCUAAAAAUACCAAAAUUUACGCGAGGAAUUCUAAGAGUCUGUUCAAAUGUUACUCAAGAUCGUGCUUUCGUAAAUUGAAUGACAAAGGGGAGGGGCUAACAAAGGAUUUUAACAUAUUUCACAUUGACAAAAACUGCAGCAAAUUAAUUUCUCAUAAGACAAGCCAAAAAAAGUUCCCUCGAACGAUACUCUACUCCCGCUUUUCAGAAGAGUAAUUUGUGAAUUAUUCGAAAAAGGUGGAUAGAUAAUAAAGGAUUUGGUAAUUUUCUGCCAGUACUCGAGGUUAAACAAGACAAGCAGUGAAAUUUAAUUAGAGUAUUUUCUACGAACGUUAAAGGCGUUCACAGGUACAAAAUCAUCUAAUCCAUUCUUAGAACCGGAAAAUAUACAUUAUACAGUUUUCAAUUUAACUUCAUUGCAGUUAGGCUGAUUUGAAGGAAAUAUGAGGACUGUUCAAGUUCGCCUGGAUUGUUUUGAAGACCAAGAACCAAAAAAAAAUGUCUUUCUGAAAAGUAUUUUGUAAAAUUAUCUCUUGAAAUUCCCAAAGUUCAUAAAGAUUAUAUGGUUUUAUGCAGAUUGGGUUCAGUAUUUUCUGAAGAUCUUACUUUAGAAAAUUGUUGAUCAAGAUCUCCCUUUAGAAACUGCUAAGUAACAAUGCUAAUGAAUACGGAGAUACAAAAAUACCAUUUUAAUGCCGGAUAACUGUCUUUUUCUCUUUAUGAAGUAAAUUUCGAAGGAAACAAGGGAUUAAUUAGUCCAUCAGCCCCGAGCGAGACGUCAGGGCAAGUUAUCUACGGCCAUGUAUACGACGCGUUUAGUAUCAGGAAGUAGUUUUUAUUGAGGAAAAUCUCUUUGACAAUUUCCAAAGUAUUUUAUGCAAAGAUUUCACUUUAUCAGUUCUUUAGCCGGCACUAAUCCAAAGGAAGUGAUGAGGGGGAAAUGCAUUUUCAUGAAAAAGUCAUGAAAGACAAACGUUUGCUUUAAAAACAGCAAAUACCUAGAAGCACGACACCGUGUAAAAGACAACAUCGCAACUUAUCACAAGUUAAAAGCUUAGUAGGAUAUGAAUUCAAGCGGGUCUGUUGAAAACUUGGCUGCUCGCCCCGAAUGUAGGUUCACCGUCCUUAACCACAUCGAUGGUGACUCGCGACACUUAUCAACCUUAAGUUAUGCCGCUGUUUUCUCCACAGUUGUCUUCAACUCUGUUGUCUGUCCUUUUACGAUCUUACUCAACAUUCUGUCGAUAGUUGUUGUGACAACCAAGCCGCUCUUGAAGACCAAGUCUAACUGUCAACUGGCCUGUUUGGCAGUCACGGAUGUUUUGGUCGGUUUAACCGUCCAGCCUUCUUACAUCACAAGCGCUAUAUUAUUGCUUCAAGGGAAUACCACGUCAAGCGAAUUCUGCUGGAUUCUAGCAGCGACAGAAACUCUCGGUCGUAUUUUAUGCAGGGCAUCCAUCAUUCACCUAGUUUUGUUGAGUUUAGAACGGUACAUAGCUAUAAUACACCCGUAUGUUCACCACACCGAAGUAACACGUUCCCGAAUUGUUGCUUUGUCUGUUACUGCGUGGAUUGUGAAUUUCCUUCUACACGUUCCAGAAUUUUUUGACCCCAGGCUUGCUCUCCGGAUAGUCAAUUCUCUCCUUCUUGUUUACGUUGUUAUGAUCAUAUUCUGCCAAGUUUCAGUCUGCCGCGAAAUUCGCCGCCAUGAAAAACUAAUUGCUGCUCAGCAAGUUUCAGGGGAAGCCAAAGAAAGGUUUUUGAAAGACCAGAAAGCCACAAAAAUAACCACUGCCAUAGUCAUUGCAGCGGUGAUUUCUUACUUGCCAAUGUUCAUCUUUCGUGCAUUUUUGUUAAAAUUCGGCAAGCAUAUUUCUUUAAACGUAGCUUACCCUUGUCAUUUGUUUAACUUCACUUUGGUAAUAGUUAACUCAUUUGUUAAUUCCCUUAUUUAUGCUGUCAGAGUCCGAACUUUCAGAGUUGCUUUUAUCGAGGUUUUGUUUAAAAGAAACAGCCAUCAAGCCGAACAGAUCGAAAUGAAACUUUUUUCAAAGGGCGUGGCUGAUGCAAAUACAGUGGCUGCAGCAGCUGCGGGACGAACAGCACAAGAAUUGCCGACAACCGGAGUAGCACCGGUGUUAAUGGUGGACAGAACAGCAUCUUCAACAACGCUACAAGCAAUGGAAAGGACCGCAGCGACAACAUCAACGGUUCCUGCAAAAUCAUCAGCUGUAGUAGCAGCAGAAAGGAUGUUAUCGCCAACAACAAAGCCAGCAGCAGAAAGACCAGCGUCGCCAACAACAGCAGUAGCAGCAGAGAAGACAGCAUCGCCAACAACAGCUGAAUUAGAAAGGGCAGCAUCACCAACAACAGUAGCAGCAGGAGCAGAGAGGGCAGCGUUGAUAGCAACAGCAGCAGUAGCAGCAGCAGCAGGAGAAAGGGCAGCCUCGCCGACAGUGGUAACAGUAGAGACAGUACCGUCAUCAACAGUAUCAGAAGCAGAAAGGACAGCACCGCCAACAACAACAGCAGAAGCAGAAACUGAAAGGACAGCAUCGCCAAAAGCGGAAGGGGCAGCAUCAACAGCAGCAGCACCAGAAGCUGACAAGCCAGCUUCGCCAACAAAGGCAGCAAUAGCAGAAGGGGCAGCUUCUCCGACAGCAGCAGCAAUAGAAGAAGGGGUAGCAUCGCCAAAAUCAGCGGCAGCAGAAGCAGAAAGGGCAGCAGCAACAACAACAGCAGCAGUAAGGGCAGCAUUAUUAACAAUAACAGCAGUAGCAGCAGAAGGGGCAGCAUCACCACCAACAGCAGCAAAAGCAGAAGGGGUAGCACCGCCAACAACGGCAGCAAAAGCAGAAGGUGCAGCAUCACCAACAACGGCAGCAGCAGCAGCAGGAGGGGCUGCCUCACCAGAAACAGCAACAGAAGAAAUGACAGCUGAUCGCCAACAGCAACAAAAAUCAUCGGCGCCAACAACAAUAGCAGUAGUAGCAGCAGAACCGUCAGCAUCGCCAACCCAACAGCAAUGGCAGAAACAGAGAGAAAAGGAUAGACAACAGCAGCAGAAGGACAUGCCGCCAGCAUCAACAGCAUGAUUACGCUUAUCAUAGACCGUAAAAUUCCGAAAAUAACCCCCUCCAUGUAUAAGCCCCUCCAAAUAUAAGCCCCCCAAACCGGUAACACAAAAAACCCUCCGUUAAAUCGCCCCUCCAAAUAUAAGCCUCCCGGGGGCUUAUACUUGAAAAAUUGCCCCCAAAUACAAAGUAAAACAAAGCAAAAACAGUAAAUUUACUUCCAACUAUAAGGCUAGCCCUAUCGAUUUUGAAACGCAAACUUCCCUCCGUAGAUAAGCCCCUCCGAAUAUUAGCCCCUCCAAAAAUAAGCCCCUCAAAGAGGGCCUUUGAAAAAUAUAAGCCCCGGGACAUAUUUUCGGAAUUGUACGGUAACUUACUGGGACCCCUCAAUGUCAGGGUUAUUCGUAAUUGGUGAUCGCGAUAAUUACAGUUUUGUGUAAAUACCUUAAAUAUUGCAAUCAAAAGCGUCGUGUUCUGAGGCAGUAUUACUUAAACAAAUGAAUAAACUAAUGGUAAAAACGUAUAGAAAACUAAGUGUGAUUUUUUCGCUGACUGACGCGGGCUAUAACGCUCUUAAAAUUCUCAACGUGAAGAUUGUGGUCUCCUGGUUAUUUUUAAACGGAUGCAAUACCAUAAACAAGCUUCUUAACCCUUUCACUGCCAAAUGUAGCCAAAGGCAAAUUUCGACCAGGUUUCCAAAUUUCAUUUUCUCAAAUUUUGAAAAACAAAUAGUACCAUGUGAAAGUACAGGCAGAGAGGUUUCAUUUGAACGGUCACAUCAUAGGAUUUCGUCCACAAACUCAAACGUUAGAGGCACCUUACAAACCUCCAUCAAGUACUCUGGCAGUGAAAGGGUUAAAGAUAGUUUGAAAUUAUUUUUUCCUGGGCAAAGUUUUCACUUGAGGUGAUUUAAGGAUCAUUCAAAAUUUAUGGGAUGGGAGGGUUGGGCUGUUGGAUUUGGAGCGCCCGGUCAGCCAUUUUCUGAUGUAACUAUUAGUGAGGGUGGCAAUAAAAAUGCUUUUGAAGCCAGGGACUUUGAGGGGGGUGUCUUGCUAGCUUUGUGCACUUCACGUGUUUGUGGGAAUGCUUUUUCAGGCACAAUGACAUCUUGCAGGGUGUAGCCUUUUCUUUCUUGCAUUUGCGCUCUCGAUUCAAUCAUCACAAUUUUGUCCCUUUUCUCCUUGUAUUUUGUUUUCUUUUGUUUUGUUUCUAUGAAAGUUGAAUGUAGCAUGACACAAAUAGGACAAAUAUGUUUUACUGUUAAACAAUGUUUUUUUGAGGAGGAGACGACAUCUAAGGAUGCUUACCAUUUACAUGGGAAAACCGGAAAUCCGGUUACAAAAUCAAAUGGUUUGCCCCAUUCCGUUUUUGGGAAGCUUCAGAAAACAUCGGCUGUGAUUUAAGGCGAUGCCAUUAUUCUUAUCUUUUCAGUCUAUUCAGCAGAUUCGGAUGCACUUUGUAACGGGUCCUUCUCCCAUCAUGUCGAAUUUUAUAGCCGGUUUUAUGAUAUGUUUAUGCACAAGAUCUCCACCCGGGGGCUUUUUGUAAAUGGUAAGCACCCACGUAUCCACUAGACGUCUGUAGCUUUGAGAUUUCAUCAUAACGCAUCUUAGGUUUGAGCUGGCAGCCACCCCCUCCCGUCCUCCCCACAAACGAUCCUUUUUCCACCACAAAAUCCUAAUAGCCCUGCACCUAAUGAAAUAUGUGCGCUUCCUAACAACGUUAUUACGCAUGCACUAUAGCUUGUGCAUAGACCACAAGGCUUAACCAACAGUUACUAUUUUGUGUGUUAAACAAGGUGCAUUAUGAUCAGUGUGAAAAUGGUGAAUUUGAUCAAUUCACAGGUUUAGCGUGGGAUUAUUAUGACGGAAAUCAAGACCAGGUAAGGUGGGAAGAAGUAAGACCAGCCGCUACCGGCACUGAGCCUAGUCUGAAAUAUUGCACGUUUUUUCGCUGUAAACCCUGAGGCGGUUCUCUCUACCUGCGCCCAGGGACUAGGGCGAGAAGAUGUACGAUGUUUCCAACUUUUACCUAGAUCCUCCACCGUCAAAAAGACAGACACCAAUUCGUACACGAGAUUAAUUUCAAAAUACUCUGUGGUCUGGUGUAGAAAGCCUGAGAAUGAAAAACAAACAAAUAAACAAAUAGACCAAAAAAUAAGACACACUGCACAAGGUUUGCUCUCAUGGUCGACGUUCCCGGCAUAUUUAGUGGUUAUGUUCUCUUUGGCCAGAAAGAUGGUCUUUUCUCACAGGCAAGCUAGUAGUCUAGUUUCUAGUUUUUGGAGUGCGCGAAAUAGGCUGCGUACUGCAGCUGCGUGUGCGAAAGCUGAACACCUCCGUUUUGCUUCGCGUGUUUUUAUCUCUUACUUUACGAGCCACAAUCGAAAAUCAUGCCCACAAAAACCCGAUUAUGCAUGUACUCGCCAAAGGAUAAAAGAGUUUUAACAAGACCGUGGAGUUGUUAGCCUAUGUACAGACGCCCCCCUCCCCUCAGAAAAAAUCGGGGAGGUUGGUGUCUGUACACAGGCUACGGCGUUGUGGGAGCAAAAACUUCAUCAAUUUUCUCUUCGUUAAAUUAAACUUUUUAGCGCAAAAGUAUUUUUUUUGUUUUUCCUUUGCUGUAUGUUUGUGUCUGUUCAAGUCAACGAUUUGGAUACUUUGAUCUUAAAUGAUUUCGCUGCUGUAACAAUCAAAUCACGUAUUAAUUAUCGAUGUGCCUCCUCUAGGAAAAAUUGUCCGAAGAUUUCAGAAGAACCGCCAUCCGUGAUUGCCCCACAUUAUUACAGGUAGGUUGUUUGACCUAGCUGAGAUUACUUGUUGAGGUAAGCAUUUCAUCUCUUCACCUCUGGAUACCUUUUUGCCUGUGCUAAAAUAAAAAAUGCCUUUUUUUUAAUUAGAGGAAGCUUCCACUCACCUACAAAAUUGAUGCUGAAGGAUGCGAUGCUUUUUCGUUUUUCUUUUCUACAGAUUGCCAGUUACACUUACUUUUUUGGAGGAUUUCUUGUUGGUCCCCAGGUACAGGAAACAUAAUAUUAUUCAUCUUCUCGACAUUCCUAUCAGGGGCGUACAUUUGUAUAGAUGGUACUAUACGGGGGCUUAGCAACGAACGCGGCGAGGGUAACGAGAACGCCAAAACAAACAAACAAACAAACAAAACAAAGAAAAUGUUUCGAACAAUCUUGGAAAGGUCUUGAUAUUUAGAAGGUCGUGGAAAGUCCUUGAAUUCGGUUAAGGUCCUUGAAAAAUACUCGAUUUCCUUAUUAGGUCUCGAAAAGGCCUUGAAAUUCAGUACCUUGUUUACGCCACAUCAGUUUCGGUAAAAUUAGAUUAUUUCACUGAGGAAAAUUUGGCUCGUCCUCGCUGUAAGACUGUAAUACUCACGGCUAACAUCAAAGCAUUUUUGUGCAUAAACAAUAUUUUAUUUCUGUUUCUUAAUUUCAAAUGCUAUUUCUCCACCUCAGAUGCAACUGCAAGUCAUACCUAGUGACUGUUGCCAUUUUGAAAAGUGUUGUUACGGAAAGUAGUAUAAAAUAAUGUGAUCAACCAUGGCUAAAGAAGUAAAAAUCGUAAAUAACUCCCUUGAGUGUUUCAGCCAAUAAGGGUUUCAUAAUGGGUAAAAGUGUGCCAAUUUGUUGAAUAAAUCUUAGUCCUGUUUUUUGUCUUUGAAAAGUCCUUAAAUUUUGUUUGUCUGAAGUUGUUCGAACCUUGAAAAAGCAAUAGGUAUAGAUCAACAUAACAACAACUUUGCGGGGGUCAAUUUAACAAAACUUCUACAAGUGUAGCUAUUGUUUUGAGACCCCAAAACAAUGGCUACACUCGUAAAUUACACUUGUAAAGUUUUAUUAAAUGUACCAAAGGCUUUUUCGUACAUUUCUUUGCCGUCUCUGCAGCGCAGGCGUUGAAGUAUUCCAUUUAAUUGUGUUUUUUCCCUUAAGUUUCCUAUGAAGAAAUACUUGCUGUUGAUAGAGGGGAAUCUCAUCGACAAGAAAGACGACGUGUCUGCUACUCGGUCAGUACGACUUUCUCUUUCUGUUUUUUUAUUAGAAUUCGGAGAAAUCUUUAGAUUUAGCAAUUGAUAACUGCUACUGAAAACUCACCUGUUGCGAGUACAAUAGUUCGUAAGCAUUGUAAAAAGGUCGCAAAUUUCUCGAAUGAUGGAACCCCAUGACCCUAAUUGAUUUUAUUUGUCUAUCACUGAUGUAUAAGGGAAAAGCUAGGAUUAGGGUUCGGGUCAUGAGUUAGGAUUAUAUCUUGAGCAACGGCCUCGGUUUUUGCUUAAGUAGACGCCGCUUGGACCCUGACGUUCAAGUAUUUUCUGCCCUAUACUCCUUCUGUCUUAAUUGAGAAUUGAUGAUGAUAAUGAUGAUAAUGUUGAUGAGGAUGAGGAUGAGGUUGAUGAUGAUGAUGACGAUGAUGAUGAUGAAGAUGAUAAUGAUGAUAAUGAUGAUGAUGAUGAUAAUGAUGAUGAUGAUGAUGAUGAUGAUGAUAAUGAUGAUGACGGCGAUAAUGAUGAUGAUGAUGAUGAUGAUGAUGAUAAUGAUGAUAAUGAUUCUGUCUUAAUUGAGAAUUGAUGAUGAUAAUGUUGAGGAGGAUGAGGAUGAGGCUGAUGAUGAUGAUGACGAUAAUGAUUAUGAUGAUGAUAAUGAUGAUGAUAAUAAUGAUGAUGAUGAUUAUGAUAAUGAUGAUGAUUAUGAUGAUAAUGUUGAUGAGGAUGAUGAUGAGGUUGAUGAUGAUGAUGACGAUAGUGAUUAUGAUGAUGAUAAUGAUGAUGAUUAUGAUAAUGAUGAUGAUUAUGAUGAUGAUGAUAAUAAUGAUGAUGAUUAUGAUGACGAUAAUGGUGAUGAUGAUGUUGAUGAUGAAGAUGAUAAUGACGAUGAUAAUGAUGAUGAUGAUGAUGAUGAUGAUGGUAACGUUGAUGUCAUUUUUUUUGUAGGAUUACAGCUGGACUUCGGCGAUUCAGUCUUGGAUUAAUUUAUCUCACCAUGUAUUCUGUGCUCCAGCCAAAAGUGAAAGAAAGCUAUCUCGUCACAGAUGAAUACGAUGUAGGUAUAACCUUAAAAAGAAAGAAUCCAUAUUUUCCUUUUCAAGAAAACAGGUGGCACAUUUUUUAUUGACGUUAGGUGUCGGUGAAGGUAUCUUACGUAAAGUCGCAAGAACUGAGAGCAGUAUUCAACACCUUUAAAUACCCGCGUCAGCGUGUUCCCACCACUGCGUAGUGAAAAAUUAGUUUUUUAUUGUGCUAAAAUCCUUAUAAAAACGCUGGGAUUAGGAUGGGAAGCUGUAUACAUCUGUGUAAACGUAGCUUACGAGCAUGCUGUCUUGACUCUCCCGACGUGAGGAAACCUGCUCGUAGUCAGGAGCCUCAUAAAUGCAUUAUGAUAUUUUUUUCUGACUGCGGCAGAAUUAGCUCAGUUGGUAGAUUGCUUGACUGCUGAGCGGCGGGUCAUGUGUUCGAUUUCCGGGGCCGGACCUGAAUACUCAGUGUUUUAACCUUCACGUGGCUCGGAUGAACACUUAAAAUGCCGGUCGUAAAAAGUAGUGUCGUCAAUUAGAACUUUCGAACUAAUUCCAUUGACACUCAAAUAAAGCGCUUUUCUGGCUCCAACAUCGUGUAUAUAUGCCGCUACUCCUGUAGUUUGUAGAUAGAAAUGAAACCAGCGGGUUUAGCAGAAGUAUUGACUUGUUAAUUUUAAGAUUUUUGUUCUUAUCCUUGCGUUUAACUCUUCAGUGGUUCACUGGGUUAAAAUUUAGACUUACCAUAUACCUCCUUCUGCUUUCAGCAAAAGUCGUUCCUUUACAAGCUCUGUUACGCCAUUGCCACCACAAAAGUCUUUGUUAUGAAGUACCAAGCCGUGUGGCUAAUAACUGUAAGUGGUGUGUAUAAUAUUCACUAGUUCACAAAGGCUAGCCUUAGCUCGUCCCUACAAAGAAACUCCGUCCACUAUUCGGCCUUCUUUUUUUGCUGUUACUUUUAUAGGAAGGGUCUUGCAUUAUAUCAGGACUUGGAUAUAACGGUCGGUCAGAGGAUGGAGGUGACAGAUGGGAUGGCUGCAGUAAUGUCCAUCUUCUUCUUUUUGAGACUGCGUACACUUUUCAGGUCGGUAAAACUCUUCAAUCCUAUGGUAAAGGAAUAUUUUCUUCUGUAAACAAUAAUAAAUGACGAGAGGGAAACCGGAGUCCGCGCAAAGAAAAAACUUCUAGAAGCAGGGAAGAGUACCAACAACAAACUCAACCUACAUCUAGGGCCAAACCAAAGCCACAUUUGUAGGAGACGAGUAUUCUUAUCCCUGCACCGAAAAAAGGCUUGAGACAAUCAGUCACGUGAAGAACAUGUGGAGUAUUGAAGGGCAAAACUGACGAUAACAUGUUGUUUUAUUGAGAGUCAAUGGUAGAGGGGGUAAAAACGUCCAAUAAAUAGUUUGAAUAGACAAAUCACUUCAUUUACUCGUCUUUUCUAAACAGGUAGCAUUAUAUCGCUUUGCAAUUAUUUUCGUUGUUGUGUAUUUUUUGUUUGCAAGGGAAAGGCAGCAUCUUUAAUUUUGAUUGAAGAUGUUUUGGAGCAUUUGAAUAGGUAGUUUGCAUUGCAAAUUGUGAAUGGUUUUGUUUUUUAAAUUAUGUACAUUUUUUUUUUUUAUCUCACCAGCAUGUUAUAGAUGCCUUUAACCUCAACACUAAUCAGUGGAUGUUUAGGUAACUGGUUGAAUAGUACAUCACGUAGAAUCCCCUUAGUUGGGUCAUAAGCUGUGUAAUUCACAAUUUUGGAGCUCGCAAACGGGAUUCAUAAUACUUGGCGAAAUAUCAAGUGGACCCCAUACUUAAAGUACUAGUAAUAACCACAGGUCAUGGAGUGCGAGCGACAACGAUCAAGGUCAAAACGCUUUUACUCCAUCGCUGUGCUUUACGUAAGGUUAACGUGACAGAUAGUCAAAGCACGCCUGACCAGAUUUCGAGUGAUAGAAGGUCCAAACACGCGUGAUCAAAUUGCAUUCUGUGCAUUCCAUUCAUUCUUAAUGGAAGUCCAAACGAAUGCAAUUCUCGUCCUCAGAGCCACUCGGCUUUUUUUUGUAACGCCGAACGCUGGGCUCUGGGGACGAGAAUGAACGAAUGCUGGCUACAAACGUGCGACGAAUGAGUAAAAACAACCUGGAAAUUAGGAUUGCGGGCUCCUCUUGUCGCCCGUAAAAAACAUAUGUGAGUUCCUUUAGGCCUUGUCAGCAAUUAGCGGUCGUUGGUAUGUAAUAAUCCAUGUAGGUCUGUAAGUUCUGGGGGCACGGGACUUGAAGGAAGGAAAAAGGAAGGAAUUGCCAUUAUCUCAGCUAAUGAAAUGCGUUUUUCUCUCAGGUAUCUGUACAAAAGACUUCGAUUUCUGGGAAAUAAGCUCAUCUCUCACUUCAUAACACUCGCCUUUGUAGCGCUGUGGCAUGGCAUUGCUCCUGGCUUUUUCCUGUGCUUCAUUGGCGAGUUUGUUAUUAUUGUUAUGGAACAACAGGUAGCUGUAAAGAUGAUGAAAAUAUAUAGAUAUUUUCAUAUAUUAAUCAGAAUUUUUUUUUAAAUUUUAUCUCAGAAGUUUGUGUUUUCUCGUAAGCGUUUACGAGACAUUAGAAACUGGUUCAUUAACUGGAUGUCUGUGAAAAGCUGGGUAGUCUCAAUUUCUGAACGCAGUGGUGCCAUCACCUGUGGUCGAUGUUAUAUAUCAAAAUGGUCGCAUAACACUAGAAUGUGGGAGCUGCUCUUCAAAUCUCAAAAUAACAAUUGAGAUACCAGAAUUAACUACGCUAUAGGCUUCCAAGGAUGGCGGCAAGAAAUUUAAUUAGAACUUUUUUUGACAUAAUGAAAAGCUUCUUGGAUCAGUGGAGUGCUCGCAUAUGUGGAGAGGAGAUGAUGACUGGGAUGACAGGGAUGACCAGAGAUGACUGGGAUGACUAGAAAUAAGUAGGGAAGACUAGGGAUGACUAGGAUCACUAGGAUCACUAGGGAUGACUAGGGAUGACUAAGGAUGACUGGCAUGACUAAGGGAUGAAGGAUGACUAAGGAUGAUAAGGGAUGACUAAGGAUGACUAGGGAUGACUAAGAAUGACAAGGAAUGACUGAGAUGACUAAGGAUGACUACGGAUGACUAGGGAUGACUGGGAUGACUAGGGAUGACUAGGGAUGGAUGGGAUGACUAGGAAUGACUAGGGAUGGAUGGGAGACUAGGGAUGACUAGGGAUGGAUGGGAUGACUAGGAAUGACUUGGGAUGACUGGGAUGACUAGGGAUGAAUGGCAUGACUAGCAAUGACUAGGAAUGACUAGGAAUGACUGGGAUGACUAGGGAUUACUAUGGAUGACUAGGGAUGACUGGGAUGACUAGGGAUGGAUGGGAUGACUAGGGAUGACUAGGGAUGGAUGGGAUGACAAGGGAUGACUAGGGAUGGAUGGGAUGGAUGGGAUGACUAGGAAUGACUAGAAAUGACUAGGAAUGACUGGGUUGACUAGGGAUUACUAGGGAUAACUAGAGAUAAAUGGGAUGACUAGGAAUGACUAGGGAUGACAAAAGAUCACUGGGAUGACUAGGGAUGAGUAGGGAUGACUAGGAUGACUGGGAUAUUAAGGGAUGACUAGGGAUGACCAAGGAUGACAGGGAUGACUGAGAUGACCAAGGAUAACUAGGGAUGACUAGGAAUGACUGAGAUGACUAGGGAUUACUAGGGAUAACUAGGGAUAAAUGGGAUGACUAGGGAUGACUGGGAUGACUAGGGAUGGAUGGGAUAACUAGGGAUGACUAGGGAUGGAUGGGAUGACUAAGAAAGACUAGGGAUGACUGGGAUGACUAGGGAUGACUAGGGAUGGAUGGGAUGGAUGGGAUGACUAGGAAUGACUAGGAAUGACUGGGAUGACUAGGGAUUACUAGGGAUAACUAGGGAUAAAUGGGAUGACUAGGGAUGACUAGGGAUGAUUAGGGAUGACUAGGGAUGACUAGGGAAGACUAGGAUGACUAGGAAUGACUAAGGAUCACUGGGAUGACUAGGGAUGAGUAGGGAUGACUAGGGAUGACUGGGAUGACUAGGGAUGACUAAGGAUGACUAGGGAUGAUAUAGGUGGCUAGGGAUGACUGGGAUGACUAGGGAUGACUAGGAUGACUGGGAUAACAAGAGGUGACUAGGGAUGACUAAGGAUGACAGGAUAACUAGGGAUGACUAGGGAUGACUAGGGUGACUAGGAAUGACUAGGGAUGACUAGGAAUGAUUAGGGAUGACUAGGGAUGACUAGGGAUGACUAGGGAUGACUGGGAUGACGAGGGAUGACUAGGGAUCACUAGGAUGUCUGGGAUGACUAGGGAUCACAAGGGAUGACUAAGGAUGACUGGGAUGACUAGGGAUGACUAAGAUGACUAGGGAUGACAAGGGAUGACUAGGGAUGACUGGGAUGACUAAAGAUGACUAGGGUUGACUAGGGAUGGCUCGAAUGACCAGGGAUGAGUAUGGAUGACUGGGAUGACUAGGGAUGACUAGGGAUGCCUAGGAAUGAUUGGUAUGACUAGGGAUUACUAGGGAUGACUAGGGAUAAAUGGGAUGACUAGGGAUGACUAGGGAAGACUAGGAUGACGUGGGAUGACUAGGGAUGACAAGGGAUAACUAGGAUGACUAAGGAUGACUAGGGAUGAGUAGGGAUGACUAGGGAUUACUAGGGAUGACUGGGAUGACUAGGGAUGACUAAGGAUCACUAGGGAUGACGGAGAUGACUAGGAAUGAUUAAGGAUGACUUGGGAUGACUUGGAUGAGUAGGGAUCACUAGGGAUGACUAGGAUGACUGGGAUGACAAGGGAUGACUAGGGAUGACUAAGGAUGACAGGGAUGACUAAGGGUAACUAGGGAUGACUAGGGAUGACUGGGAUGACUAGAGAUGACUAGGGAUGAGUAAGGAUCACUAGGAUGAAUGGAAUGACUAGGGAUGAGUAGGGAUGACUAAGGAUGACUGGGAUGACUAGGGAUGACUGAGAUGACUAGCGAUGACUGGGAUGACUAUUGAUGAUUAGUGAUGAGUAGGGAUGAGUAGGGAUCACUAGGGAUGACUAGGGAUGAAUGGGAUGACUAGGGAUGUUUAGGGAUGACUAAGGGUGACUAGGGAUGGCUGAGAUGACUAGGGAUGACCAAGGGUGACAAGGGAUGACUGGGAUGACGAGGGAUGACUAGGGAUGACUAGGGAUAAGUAGGAUGACUGGGAUGAGUUGGGAUGACUAAGGAUGACUGGGAUGACUAGGGAUGGCUAGGGAUGACUAGGGAUGACUAGGGAUGACUAGGAUGACUAAAGAUGACUAGGGAUGACCUAGGGAUGACUGAAAUGACUAGGGAUGACAAGGGAUCACUGGUGCCAUCACCUGUGGUCGAUGCUAUGUAUCAAAGUGGUCGCAUAACAGUGAAAUUGCUACAUAAAUACUUUGCAAAACUGUAUACCCAAUGAUUAUGUGGGAACUGCUCUUCAAAUCUCGUAAUGCCAAUUAAGAUACCAGAAUUAACUACGCUAUAGGCUUCCCAAGAUGGCGGCAACCAAUUUAAUUAGAACUUUUUUUGACAUUACGAAAAACUUCUUGGAUCAGUGGAGUGCUCGCAUAAGUGGAGAGGAGAUGAUACAAUUCUUGAAAUUUUUAGAUGUGCUUUAUGAAGGCCAGCUAUCCUUAUAGGUGCCAUUUUGAUCUGCGAAGGGGUAGGGCGGGGAGGAGGGGGGCAUGGGGGAGCUGUACUGUAUCCACAUAAGCACUUUCGUGUACAUUGAUAUCUAGCAAGAUCGUGUACUAGGACACCCCGUAAAAUUCACUGUUUUGUGAUGGAGUUCGGUAUUUUUAAAAUUAAACGAGAUUUCUGUUUAACAGUAAUCCAAACGGCGAGGAAUAACCAUUAACUUUUAUUGAUCAUCUGUUGUAUUUCAUUAGCUUUUAGGUCUUUGCCGCCGUGUUGUUCAAAGACCAUUUUCACCUUUGCCGUUGGCUAUCAGAAUACCAAUAAUCCUUUUUGGUGUUUGUGUGAGACUCACGGGUGUCGCAUUCUUUCUGAUCCCGUUUCUGUUGAGGAGAUUGGAUUACACUCACAAGGUAAUGUUUUUCUUAUAUCUUAGAAGCUUUUCGAGGGAGUGUACUUCCUACUAGAGAGGAUUCUCCAAUACAGAUACGACAAAUAGCUCGAGCCGGUCCAGAGGAUCUCCGGCCUCUGGUUGUGUUGUCACUAGGGCGAUUAACUAGCUGAACAUUCUUUCUAGGAUUUGCUAAAAUUUUACAUAAGCAUUGUCUUCCAAGAGAAAUUGAAAACAACUGUUUAGCAAAAUUUUGGAGGGAAAACAAAGAGUAUUAUCGAGUAUUUUGGACGCAAUGGGCUAUUUCCGAAUCGCCUCAUGCCUAGGUUUCAAAGCGAGGCUAAGUGCAAAGCCAUUGAUAAGGAAUGUUUUUUUUUAUCCUCAUGCAAAUAAAACUCAUUUUCACAAUAAAGAUUUUGUACUUAUUCUUGUUUUGAAAGUGAGAGUUUUUGGAACUCGGAAAUCGCCUCAUAAUGGCUAAUAGUUCGGCUGUUUGUUGUUGUUAUUUUUGUAGGAGUCUUAAUUAUUAAUUAAUUAAUUAUUAUGUAAUUACUUUAGGUUUGGUUAUCCUUGUAUUAUAUGGGACCUGUCGUGUUGUUGUGCUGGUUCAGUCUUUACCCAACAAUCCUAAUGCCCAUGACCAGACGUUUCAGCAAGAAACCUCGAACUGAACUCACCUCAAAAAAGUAAGUAGUGGUACUUUUUUGUAAAUAUAUUCCCCGUGCCGCACAUGCAAUUUUCUAGGUUCUUUGGCAGUUUAUAGGAUAGAGUAAUUUCUUUACGUUUGUAGUGGAAAUUGCUACUACUUUAUUAACGAUUCAUAAAUGGUAAAUAGUAGAAAACUGUUAGCGUUUUAAAAUGCAGAUAACGUUUAGAUACUAAGUAGUACAAAAUGUUACAUUCUUUAUUUAUUUUGUAUAUGCAUGUUCAUCAUUUUUCUCUGCACCGUUAAUAUUUUAUUGAUCAAUUUUCAAAUAUUUGAAUAAAUGCCUUAAUUUAUACUGCUACAUGAAAAAUUUCUACAAUUUGAUUGGCUUAGAGCAGUGGUAAAUACCUACAUGUGAAAAUUACAACCUUUUGCGGGUAGUAGUAUAAAAAACUAUAAAUAACAUGAUUUGUACGUGAUAUUUAGCAUAAAUACCACUCGUGAUAUUUCAAAAUUGGCGGAAAAUUUCACUCGCCUAACGGCUCGUGAAAUUACGUAUAACAAUUUUGAAAUAUCACUCUUGGUAUUUAUGCCAAAUAUCACUAAUAAUCAUGCUAUUACCUACACUAAUUGAUUUGAAAAAAUAAAUUCUAGUUUUGUAGCUUUCGACUUUGAUUACCAAGGUCAAGAAUGAGCAUACAUGAAAUUAAUUAAUUAAUUAAUUAAUUAAUGAUGACGAUAUAGUGCCAGCACACCCCAAUUCUUCGUCUACCAUUCCGGAUGGAAUUCUAUUCUAUGAACACCAAUAAAAUACUAGGUGAAAUUUCGCGCAAUAACAUAAUAUCUUCACACGUGAAAAGAACACCUUUGUUAUGGUUAAAUAAAUCUCGAAAGUGAGAUUAUUUGGUAUUUCAAGUGUGAUUAUAUAAUAAAGAAAACAUUACAUGGCCGCUUGAGCUAAGGAUACGAAAUUUGUCUUCUCGUGUUGAAAACUAAUUUAAAACACUCGAAGAGAAACUUUGUAUCUUCGCGCUGCUAUGCAAUAUUCUCUUCAUAAUGUGGAGAGGGGAAAUCCUGAGUAGCCUGCGAAAAACCUCUCAGAACCAAAGACAAACUCAAAACGUGCACCCACAUAUAGGGCCGGAAGGGCCGACUUUUUGGAGUCGGGCCCAAGCACGAUGACGGCAGGACAACGGGUCUCACCACUUCGUCACCCUUGUAAUCACCCUUCCCCGUAAUAGAUUUAUCCAAAACAAUAGAUCCAUCAUUAAAAACCAAAACAAUAAUAAUCACUUUUUGUUCUCUCUAAUCGAUCACCUCUCCUUUUUCAGACUCAAUGAAACUCUAAAGGAGGAAUAAUCAUGACAAAAGCGAUUUUGGCUUAUGGAUCUGGAGCAGCUCUUAGUCCUAAUAGGGAGCCCAAGCAACGGCGAUGGCAGCGAGAAUAACCAGAUUAACUGAAUUUAAUAUUUUUAAAGCUUUGUGGCGAUUAUUCCAAUUCCACCACGGAUAUUCCCGGUAAUUUCUGGAGAUGAAUUCUUAGGGAGGCACGGAAAGAGAAAAAAAUAUCGCCAUCUUUUUCAUGUGUGUUCCAAUUCCUCACGUUAGAAAAGAUCACCGAAUUUCACCUCGUAGUCGCGCAGAGUAACAAAUUUAUCUACCAUGAAGCGUGAUGCACGGUUUCAGUCGGGUGAGUGAGUGUGAACGGUAGUUGCCGUUGUCGUGGUAGAAAUGUAGUUUCUGUCUUGUAGUAAGCAUCCUCGGGUACCCAGGAGAAGCUAGUCUGGACGAUAGAAUGCUUGUGGGGAAAGUUUACUGUAAUAUCACGACGAGUAAGCUUUCAUCACCAACAUUCUAUCGUCCCGACUAACUGCCUC